AUGAGGAAUGAAAAGUGUAGCCCAGGAAGGCUAGUGGAGGCCUUCCUAGUAGGAUGUAGUAUCUUGGUGGGUAUACAACAGUUUGAACUGGUACUUGUCAAAGUACCUGGAGAAGUUGUCAUGCUAUACCAUUACUACAUAGGCAUGGUGGUAUUCACAUUAUGGCUUGCCCAGGCUACCAAUACGUUCAACAGGCAUGUCAUAUCGUUCUGUAUCAUUGGCCAGGUCUUAAGCAUCUUGGCUCUAUUUGCGGCAAGUAGUAUGUCAAGGUCUAUGCGACUCCUAAGAAUCGUCAUAGUCAUGAUAUCUGCAAAUUUGAAUACCGUGCUAAUGAUACAGGUAUCUGCAGCCUACUCCGGUAACCCGGUAUCACUCGUCGCGCUGCUCUGUGGAACAUACUUAUCACUAAAACUACCAUAUCUAUGUCGUGCAUGGGAACACUUCAGCAGUGCUGGAGCACUUGGGUUUAUGGGUAGGCAGUCCGCCACCCAUGUAUUGCUGGCGGUUAAAUGCGUCGCAGUGGUAACUGCAAUUGCAGCUAGAUAUAUAUCGGGAGAACCUUGCUAUAUCCGGACAUCCAUAUGGAAUACCUACAAGAACUAUGUGAAUGUAUGGAAAGCUGCAGAACAGGGUAACCCUUUGAAAACUAUGAUAUAUGAUCUGAGAAAGGAUGAGGAUAUGUGGAUUUGUUUUGGGAACUUGGCCGCACUUGUAGCCAUGGUGGUCGCCAUGCCGCCACACCUUGCACUCAGACAGCUGCCCAUAGCGUCACACUACCUCGACGACCUUAAUGGAUAUGAACGGUGGUCGGAGGGUUUAGGCGUGUUCACCGGGGCCACGAUGCCAUUAGCAUAUUCUAACCGGGAUAUGUUGCCGCUUCUAAUAUUCACUGCAUUCCUACUCAAUAUAGCCUGUGUAAUGUUAUCGGCAUACUUCACUACGAUAUCGUUCCUCUCUUUAAGUUGGGUUACAAAAGCUUGUGUACUCUCUUCCUUUGUAACAGGAUACGCCAUGAGCUUCAGUGCCGGGAAAAUGGUGUUCCUAUUCUUCCUUCGCACCUGCAAGGGCCCCGACGUAGCAAAACGAUGUUGUGAUGAAUUACUUGAUACAGGCUGCCUAUGCUCCCAUGAUGUGACAUAUUACGAUUGCGAACGUAGGGUAAAGCCAUUCAAGUGCGGGGAUAAAGAAGUAAAGGAAGAACCAACCACUCACAUCCUAUGGGCGGCAAAACAAUGUCUCCCAACUGCUACCCAAUGUUUUACAUUAAAAUGUAAAUGUAACAAAACACCGAAUACAUGUAAGAAUUGUUGUAAAAAGGAUACACCGGAAAAGUGUUGUACCACUGAAUUGCUGAAACCUAAGCAAGUGAAACAAAAUAAAUCGAAAUGUGAAGAAGAGGAAGAGAAAGAAGCCGCAAAGGUAUGUAAUGCUACUACUCCUCAGCCCUCCUCUGCGCCAGCUCCUGCUGCCCAGACAUCGACACCGUCGCAACCAUCAUCUAGUGACGCUACAUGUGAUACACAAUCAGAAGAAUGGUGUCCCAAAUGUUUUUGUAAAAAUACUAUGGGUAGGGACUGUGGAUCACCUUGCUGUGGUUGUUUUUGUACGACAAAAGAAAAAACAGAAACAACUAAUUGUUGCAGUUGUGUUCAAUGGAUAGCUACAAGGCAGGCGCAGCAUUAUUUGUUACGGGAUACAUCUACGUCUACAUGUGGCGACUGUGAUUUGACGAUACUGUUGAAAGGUGUUCCUCUAGGGAGGAGGGGCGAGUUAUGUUGUGUGUCUACAUUCGAAUGCAUGCCGCGAGUUCUCGGCUGGCAGCAGUGGAACCCCAAAAGUGACCGUGUUUUCAUCGGUUACAUCGAUUCUGACUGCGCGGUAUGUUCUCUAGUGGAGAUACGUCCAAAGAACUUUGCCAAAGAAUAUAACCUCACUAUAUCGAAUUCAUUUCCUCAUCACUUUAAUAUAGAGAGCAUGUCAUUCGGAGGUUGUUGUCAUGAUACUUUCCUGAUGAAAGUGCAAUGUGCGAAGCGUGACAAGUACCCGCAUAUAUAUAACAGGGACUAUGCAUUCAAGCAAUACCUUAUAUCACAUCUAUACUUCACAUCAGCAUCUGUUAUGGAUGAAGAGUGUGAAAAGACGGGAACGUGUGGUAAAUCUCAGGAACCGUCUGAAUCGCAAGAGUGUAAAGAUACAUCUAAAAAAUCUAUUGACUGGGACGUAUUUGAUAACUAUACGAAAUGUUGUUUCAGUGUUGCUACUAGGGUAUUUACUUACUACCGUUAUGUCACUGAGAAUAAGGGGAAAGAUGUUUGCGUGUCUGUGGUAACAAAUAAAUCUAAUGAGGCUAGGGGUCAUGCUACUUGCAAGGGUAAAUGUGAGACUGGCUGUUGUGUCAAGGUGCACGUUACGGAUGAGCAUGAGGCCAGGCUAGAAGAUAACGCAUACCGCUACCGAGUAUCUACACGUUUUUGGAUGAUCGUGUUGUUUUUUCAACUUAUGUGUAUGAUGAUACAGAUGCUUUAUAAAAGGCCGGGUGUCAAUGCACCAUAUAAGUUUGCUGUCGAUAUCGUCAAGCUACAACAGUCAGUGUUAAGUGAAGGUUGGGAUGAUGAUAUUAGAUUGUUGGUAAACAAUACGGACUUGGCUCAAUUGAAUUCUGAAGUUUAUGGGUUAGCUAAAAUGCUAAGUUUACUCACGCCGUUCAUAGACAAGGGUUCACGUAGUUUCGAAGGUUGGGUCAAGGAUACCGUUAAAAAUGGGUUUCCAGAAUACGUUGAUGUGACGAAAGAGGCACAGUUUGAUUUAGCAUGUCUGGAGUUGGCACGUAAGGCCUUGAGGGUCUGUCUACGUGAUAAGAUGCCAGGAUUUGAACUGUACCUGUUUCAAUGGGAGAAGAAGUGGAAGAAGGAAUUUAGGUACUAUAACGGUUUAUUGAUCAAUUUGAUGCAUAAGAGCGCGCAUAAAUCUAGGGUAGCUCAGGCUGCCAUUUAUGAUUCACAACGUACUAACGAUGAAAUCGAUAUGUAUCAAGAGGUUCGUGUCAGGAACUGGAACGAGCUUAUAGAAGAGCUGGGUCUCUCUAAAGAGAUAUGUGAGCAUGAGGAGCACGUGAAAAGAAUGAUGAGCGAGUCUGACGGCAAUGUGACGAUGACUGUUCAGGAGAGGCUUGACCGUAUAUGGGCGCCACGUUUGAAACAUAUUGCUCUGUGGAAAGAGAAGCGCUUAUGUAUAUUCGACUGGUCUGGAUUCCUUGAAUCAUAUCGCAUUAUCCGAGGAUUGUAUAAGUACCAUGAAUAA